AUGGAAUAUAUUAAGUUUAAGAAAGGAAGUCCAUAUCCUGAAAAAAGAGGAGGAUCAACUUUACACUGCGUUGCCAAAAAUAAAUUUAUUUUAAUAGGUGGAGGAAAUAGAUCUAAAGAAUUUGGAGACAUUUGGGAAUUAAGCAUUUUAGACAAUAAUGAGUGUGAAUGGAAAUAGAUUAAUAUUCCUUUGAGUGCUUUCACUCCUAGGACAGGACACACAUCUUCAUAAGUUGAUGAAAGCACCAUUUACAUUUAUGGAGGAUAGAAUUUUACAGAAAACAAACAUUAUAAUGAUUUUUUAAAGUUAGAUCUAGAUACAAAUAGCUUACAAAGGCUUAAUAAAAGUAGUGGAGCACUUAAUUUGAACGAACCAACAGAAAGAAAUUCCUCAACUUUAGUUUAUAAUAACAUCGAUAAAUAGUUGCUUUUGUUCGGCGGAGCUGAUCCUCAAGAACCUCUUAGAGACCUUUAUGUCUAUGAUAUUUUAUUAGGAAAAUGGACUAAGGUAGAAACUAAAAAUGGUGAUGAAAUUAAAGGAUUGGAAAUGCACACAGCUCAUUUUUACAGUGCAGCUUCCGAUUUAAAAAAGAAAAAGAAGAAGAAAGGAAAGAGCAAAAAGGGAUCUAAUAUAGUAAACCUAGAUAUUGGUGACUUUACUAAAGAAGUAGAUAGUUAAGGAUAAGCUAUUCCUCAUGAAGCAAUUAUGAACAUACCAAAGGUGAAUAUAGAGUUUGAUGAAAAGAAUGCAAUAGUUGAAGAUGAUAAUAAUGAUGAAAUUGAGGAAUUUCCUCAUGGGGAUGAAUAAAUUAUAGGUAAAGAAGAAUAAGAGGAAGAAUAAAAGAAUGAAGAUAAUAAAUAAGGAGAAUAAUAAAAGUAAAAAUACAUGAUUGUAAUUGGUGGAAGAUAUCUCGAUCAAGUAAAAAGUGAAAUAUAUUCCUUGAAUCUUUCAAAUUAUGAAUGGAAAAGGAUAAAAGAUUUGCCAUUUGAAAUAUGUGCUCACACAUCAACUGUGGUAGAAGAUUCAAUUUAUAUCUUUGGUGGAACUUCGGGCUAAGAGUUCUAUGAUAAACUUUACAUUUUCUAACUCACUAAUUAGAAACUCUAUGAAUUUGAAAUCACUCCAUAAGAAAAAAAGCAAUGCAUGUUAACUCCAAGAAUGGCAUCAGCAAUGAGUUAUGACCAAGAAUCAAAAAAAUUGUAUAUUUUCGGAGGAGCUUCAAUUGAGGAUGAAACUACAGCUUUAAUAUCAAUCAAUACCAAUAAAAUUAAUACUUCAAACAGAACAAAAAAAAUUUGA